AAAAUAUACUACAGUAAUUUACAGUAAAUACUGUAGUGUUUUAUUAAUCAUACUGACACCUACAAUAGAGAUAGAGAUGUUGCACAAUCAGCUAAAAUGUUGCUAGAAUUGUUUUUUAUGUAUGGGUGAUAUAUAUUGCAUCACCAAAAACGAUUGAGGUCCUGUCCAUGUGUUAUGUGAGAAGUCCAUAUAUUGAUUAUUGUCACAGGCCUCGCAUUGAACUAUAUCACUGAUAGCUUUAUGAAGCUAUUUCUACUAAAUAUUACACUGAAGUUUACUAAUAAACAAAAAUAAAACUUGAGUGUAUUUUUUUUACAUCAAUGAACAUGAGUUUAGUUUGGUUCAAUAAUAUUUCUUUAAGUUACUUUCUUUUAAAUAAAGUAACUCAAUAUCAAAUAGCCGAGUCCAUCACACAGACUCUGGGAGGAAUUAAAAAGGCUGGCUGGAUUAAACAUUGACAAAAUGUUCAGAAAUGUUUUGAACGUUCAAUACUUAGCAUUGAUUUCAUGCCCCUCUAUGAAUCGUACAUUUGUAUAAAAGAGCUUGUGUUUGUGUAAGACAGGCCAAAAGCAUCAACAAACUCAUACGAGAAGGACAAAGACAAACAUUUCUCAGACUUUUCCUUGAAGGUUUCGUUGCGUUUAACAUUGAUUAGAGAAUGGUUCAUUCUGCGAAGAUGCUGGUUUUUCUCUGCGCGCUGAUUGGAUGGUCACAGACUUUUCCACAGCGUGAUGUCAUCAGUGAGGAUAAAGACGUCACAGAUGCUGACUCAAAAAAGACAGAAGGGAAAGAUGUUAAACUGAUUGCCACUGAUGUCACUCCACCAGUGUGUCGUGUGGUAAAUGAGAGUUCAGAGUGUCUUUUGACAUGCGAAAAGACAACCAUUGAAGUGACGUACAUGAUGUCAGAUGGCAACGGUUCAGGAAUAAAUCACACCCGCACAUUUUCCAAUAGCUUUAGUUUUAGCAAAUAUACUCAAUAUGACGGUCAGGAUGAAAAUGGCUACUAUGCAGUUCUUUUGAAAUACUCUGGCAUCUGUUGCUCUGACGAUUUGGAGGUUUCUGCUGUGGACAAUGCAGGAAACAUAGGGAAGUGUCCUGUCAUUGUAAAACGUAUACAACCCGAUGAUUCUACAAAGUUAGCAAAGAAUUUUGGCCCAUAUUGGGCAUAAAGUUGGCACAGCAGGCAUUUGUCCAACACUAGCAUACAGCAUGUGGGGCAAACAUGGCCCGGGUUAGGCAGAGGUGGCACCGUCUUUAAGACGGCAUACAAGACCUGCGCCAAAUAUCAAAUAUAGUAUUUGGCCCAGAUGUUAAAAUGUUUUUGUGGGCCACAUAAGUUUGGCCCAUCUUGACCCACUUUUAAAACACAUAUACAUUUUAUUCUUGAGUAAAGAUCAAUCAAGUCGCUUUGGGGGGAAAAAAAACGCAGCCAUAAAGCAAAAUGCUUCAUGGGUUUAUCAAAUUCAUUACAGUCUUGACACACCAACAUAUCUGGCCCAAUUCAGGCCCAGUUUUGGGUUAUUAACCUGGCUGAAACUUGGUCCAGAUAUGGUCCAUGUUUGGCCCUUGAAUGGAAGCCAGACUUGGUCCAGUCAUGUAUCAUAAUUCAUGGCCCAAGCAAAAGCUGAUUGUGUGGGCCACAGAUGGGCCAGAGAUAUUUUGCUAAGUGGGUAAUAUUCAAUAAGCUUAAAACAAGCAAUUCUGGUAUUAGGGAUGCACUGAUAUGGAAACUUUGUUUCGAUAACCAAUAUUAGUAAAUAGUAAUCUUAAUGUUGAUCUUGGCGACGCAGUGGGUAGCACGUUCGCCUCACAGCAAGAAGGUCGCUGGUUCGAUCCUCGGCUCAGUUGGCUUUUCUGUGUGGAGUUUGCAUGUUCUCCCUGUGUUCGCGUGGGUUUCCUCCGGGUGCUCUGGUUUCCCCAACAGUCCAAAGACAUGCGAUACAAAUGAAUUGGGUGGGCUAAAUUGUCUGUAGUGUGUGUGUGAAUGUGUGUGUGGAUGUUCCCAGAGAUGGGUUGCGGCUGAAAGCGCAUCCGCUGCGUAAAAACUUGCUGGAUAAGUUGGCGGUUCAUUCCACUGUGGCGACCCCAGAUUAAUAAAGAGACUAAGUCAACAAGAAAAUGAAUGAAUGUUGAUCUUUGCCUAAUUAUAAAAGCAAAAGGUAAACAAAUACUUCAAACAAAUACUGAUCUGAUUUCAACACCAAUAAAAGCUGAUUUGAAGGCCUCUUAUUUCAACAUACAAAAAAAUUACAAUCUCCUAACACUUUGCAAUAGUAUCUGGAUGCAGCCUUGAUGAUGCAAGGAGAGGGGUCUGGAUGCAGACCUGGUGCAGU